AUGGCUAAGGAUGACGACGGCGCAGUGACAACGAUCGCCUCCAGGGUCGCCUCCAUCUGCGCCGUCAUCGACCACGCCGUUGCGUCGGAAACCCUGAGCGCCAGGCGAGUCGCCGCCAUCUCCGCCAUGAUCCACGACGUCGCCUCCGCCGCGGAGGAGGGGGCGACGAGAAGCACCGGGAAGCGGCGGCGCAUGGGCAGCUCACGCAGCUACCAGGAGGCGCGCAGGAUCGGCGAGGGCCGCUUCGGCGUCGUCCUCAGGGCGCGCCACCGCGCCACCGGCCAGACCAUCGCCCUCAAGGGCCUCCGCUGGACGACGCGCCACAGCCCCGGCUCCGACCAGCUCGUCGGCAAGCUCCUGCGAGAGGCCUGCUUCAUGGCGGCCUGCGGCGGCCACCCCUCCGUCGUCGCUCUCAAGGGAAUCGCGCGCGUGCCCGGCACCAGCGACUACGCCAUCGUCAUGGAGUACGUCGGCCGGAGCCUGGACCAGGUCGUCUACGACCGCAUGGGCCGCCUCGGCCGCCCGUUCACGGAGGACGAGGUCCGCGGCGUCAUGCGGCAGUUGCUGGCCGGCGCGGACGCCAUGCACGAGCGCCGCAUCAUCCACCGCGACAUCAAGCCGUCCAACGUCCUCGUCGUCUACGACGGCGGCGGCGGCGGCGGUGAUGAUGACCUCGUCGUCAAGAUCUGCGACUACGGGCUGGCGAUGUCCAUGGCCGAGCAGAACGCCGACGGCGCGUUCCUGGCCGCCGGAACGAGGUCGUACAUGGCGCCGGAGAUGCUGCUGGCGAAGCCGCGCUACGACACGCGCGUCGACAUGUGGUCCCUGGGCUGCGUCAUGGCCGAGAUGCUCACCGGCGAGGUGCUCUUCGAGAGGGCGGACACCAUGGCCGGCCAGCUCUACAAGAUCUUCGAUGUGCUCGGCGUGCCAGAAAAGAAGAAGGCGCUUAAGGCCUUCAAGUCGCCGUUCUCGUUCCUCGCCGGCGAGGUGAAGCGGUGGCGGCAAGCUCGGCGCGGUGGCAGGCUGCGCGAGCUGUUCCCGGAGCAGACGCUGUCCAAGGACGGGUUCAAGGUCUUGAAAGGGCUGCUCACGUGCAGCCCCAGCAAGCGGCUGGACGCGGCCGCCGCGCUCCGGCUUCCGUGGUUCGCUGACGCCGACGACGACCACGCUCCUGUAGCCCCUGCAGUUUCGAAGAGCGAUGGCGCGGCCGCGAGCAUUCGCGCGCUGGCGUCGCACUCCUGGCAGAUGGCUUUGUCGUGCUUUGGGCGACCGGUUGUCCCUUAA